AUGGCGGCAGCAAAGCUGUCCGAAUUUGGCGUCAACCAUGUCGCCAAAGGCAUAGGACGUUUAUCCAAGGAAGUCAUCGAGAGCGGCGCCGGCAGCUAUGUCAAGAUGAUGAGCGGCAAGCGGUUCCUCGACUUCACAUCCGGCAUUGGUGUCACGAACCUGGGACACUGUCAUCCCGCUGUGACAAAGGCUGCACAGGCACAGGUCGGGACGAUCGUCCAUGGCCAAGUCAACAUCGCUUUCCAGAAGUCUUACCUCGAGCUGGUCGAGGCUAUGCUUCCGCUUAUGCCACACAAGUCACUGGACACGUUCUUCUUUUGGAACUCGGGAGCGGAAGCAGUUGAGGCUGCCGUCAAGCUGGCAAGACAUGCGACCAAGAAGCAGAAUAUCAUCGUCAUGCAAGGAUCAUACCAUGGUCGGACAUUCGGAACAAUGGCUAUGACGCGAUCCAAGACCAUAUACGGCCUCGGCUACAGCCCACUAAUGCCCGGAGUCUUCUCAGUACCAUUCCCAUACUGCAGCCAAUGCUCAGUUGCAAAGGCCUCAGACGGCAAGCACAACUUCGAAAACUGCUGUAUGGAUCCCAUCACUCAGCUAGAGCUACUUCUGCAGCGCGAGACCGCUCCCCAGGACACCGCAGCCCUAUUCAUCGAGCCUGUCCUCGGUGAGGGAGGCUACGUUCCACCACCCAAGGAAUACAUGGCUCGUCUGAGAGAAAUUUGCGACAAGAACAAGAUUCUUCUGGUGUGUGACGAAGUUCAGUGUGGUUAUGGACGCACAGGGAAGAUGUUUGCCGUUGAGCACUGGGGCGUGCGUCCUGAUAUCUUGAUCAUGGCCAAGGGCAUAGCUAACGGCUUUCCCUUGUCUGCCAUUGCUUCCAGCAAGGAGCUCAUGGACACUCAGCCGCCCGGAACCAUGGGCGGUACCUAUGCUGGCAACGCUGUCUCCUGUGCAGCAGGCGUUGCAGUAGCCAAAGCUUUCAAGGACGAGAGCAUCCUCGACAACGUGAACGCACGCGGCGCUGAGCUACGACAGACCCUUCAAGCAGCCAAAGACGACCCGAAAACGUCAAAAUGUGCUCCCGGAAAGGGCUAUGCCUCCAAGAUCCAAGCCAAAUGCAUGGAGAAGGGCAUGCUGACGCUCACGACCUCAAUCUACGACACACUGAGAUUCAUUCCGCCACUGAACAUCACGAAGGAGGACAUGGCUGAGGGCUGUCGGAUCUUAAAGGAGGCGAUUGAGGAGGUUGCCGAAGGUGCUCAGAGUGACGUGAAGCAAUCACACACCAAAACAGACUGA